AAUCUUUAAUCUUUGACAAAGUGAACGACAAAAUAUUUUUGGAUUUUGGUUUACAAUUACAAUCAGUCAAUACAAUCCGUAUCUGUAUGAAAUUAUUAAUGUAAUGUGAAUGAAGUUCGUCUAGUAACCACAUUAAUUUUAUUAGAACCUGUUCUUUCCUGGCCUUAGAGUGCCCUAAUUAUAGGUAGGCAGGUGGAGUGUACACCUAAAACAUGACGACGGAAAACUACACUCUUUUAAACGAUAUAUCUCCAAUGUUCAGACCGUAUGUUCAUAAUAUUUACCAGGACUUAAAACUAGGUUUAUGUAAAACUAAAGUAGAUCUGGAACGAAUUGGCGGAUCAGCAAACAGUGCAGAAAGUCAAUUUCGUUUAGUGCUUCCUUAUUGCUCUAAGAAAUUAAAGUGGGACAUCAUUUUCGAUGCUUCAACACCAUGGUUUGCUCCAGAUUUCCGAUUUGAUGAUGAAAGCUUUUUAAGCAAUGCAGAUGAAGAGUUUUUGGUUACGGGUGUUCCUAGUCUUGCUAAAUGGAAUUCUAAUAAUCCACAAUCUCUUGGUGAAGUAAUUUCUGAAUUGGUGGCCAUGUAUAAAAUUCACCAGGUAAAAAAGUUGAAUGAAGAUGAAAAUUCCAGAGCCUCAUUUGAAUAUGGUGCACUACUGGGUAAUGAACUCAUAACAGAACAGGAUGUAGAAGUUUGGGUUGGAACACAUGUUGUAGAGUUCCUAAUUAAACUCAAAGUAGACACUUCAAGACUUCCCGAACUAUACAAUGAAGGAACUGUAUAUAAUCCAGGAAUUGACACAGCUUUACUUCUCGUAAGAUACCCUAACCCUACUAAUGCAGAAUUAAUUUUAUCACCAUUUCUUACUAAAGUUUUGGGAAACAUAUCUUUACCUAUGAUGCACCAAUCUGGGGUUCUUAUGGAUUAUGUUCCAAUGGUUACAAAUAUGUUGAAUAACAAGAUACAAGAUCUACUGAAUAAUGAUAGAUUAAAACGUGAAUUGUUAGCUCAGCUUAUUGUGAAAUAUGAAGGAGCUAUAUUAGAACAUGAUGCAAACAGUGCUGCUUUCUUAUUCGAGAUGAAUGAUUUUUAUUGGAUCCUACAGAUUGAUAUUUCCAUUCAAUUUCCAGAAAAGCCUCCAGUGUUGACACUGCGCUCUGUUUACCAUUGUUAUAAAGGGAAGCCCAAGUUCAAAGUUUUACCAGGAUGUUCAUAUAAUAAUUUUGAACUUUACAUUGAGCAACAAGUUGAAAUUUUCAAAAAUGAUUGCACCGAAUCUCCAUAUAUUUUUGAUAGUGUUGACCCAUGACCCUUUAUCAAAUAUUAGAAAUGAAUGAGGUGUUAGUGUUGAAUACCCUAUUAAGUUAUGAAAAAUGUGAGUUUUGUGAUAAUAUAUCUACUAAGAUUAAACACAAAAAUAAUAUUUUAUGAAAUAAAACGAAUGUUUGAGAA